GAAGUGAGGUCAGACGCAUCCAGCAGAUUACUGAUCAGGAUCCUAACAGAGCGGAGAGACAGCUGAAGGAAGCCGAGACAAACCGAGGAGUGAAAUCUUCAAAAUCCGUCUUCAUCCGCGAAGAAUAAAAGCGAUCAUCUUUUUAAAAGUGCCGGGAGCAUAAAGUUCACCCUUUGACCUUUCUAACAAGCUGCGUAUUGUCACAAUAUGAGGUGAUUAACUAUUUAAAACAAAAGGCGAAAGAUCGGGAGAGCUGAUUUCAUCCGGAGACAACACAGAGGAGGAACAAUCCAUCCCUCAGAGAUUUAAUGUUUCUGGUGUUUCUGCCUGUUUUGAUUUUGAACACGUUUUGACUGCAGAACUGAACAUUUUUGGAUAUUUUGAAGCUAGUGACUGAGCUUCUACAGAUCUAUAGUAAUGGAGUUGAGAGUGGGAAACCGAUACAGACUGGGCAGGAAAAUUGGAAGUGGAUCAUUUGGAGACAUUUAUCUGGGUACCGACAUCUCGGUUGGAGAGGAGGUCGCCAUCAAGUUGGAAUGUGUGAAGACGAAACACCCACAGCUCCACAUUGAGAGCAAAAUCUACAAGAUGAUGCAGGGUGGAGUCGGUAUUCCUACGAUAAAGUGGUGCGGGGCCGAGGGCGACUACAACGUGAUGGUGAUGGAGCUGCUGGGGCCGAGUCUGGAGGACCUGUUCAACUUCUGCUCUCGCAAGUUCAGCCUGAAGACCGUGCUGCUGCUGGCCGACCAGAUGAUCAGCCGCAUCGAAUACAUCCACUCCAAGAACUUCAUCCACCGAGACGUGAAGCCCGACAACUUCCUCAUGGGACUCGGCAAGAAGGGCAACCUGGUCUACAUCAUCGACUUCGGCCUGGCCAAGAAAUACCGCGACGCCCGAACGCACCAGCACAUCCCUUACCGUGAGAACAAGAACCUGACCGGCACCGCCCGCUACGCCUCCAUAAACACACAUCUGGGCAUCGAACAGUCCAGACGAGACGACCUGGAGUCUCUGGGGUACGUUCUCAUGUACUUCAACCUGGGCUCUCUGCCAUGGCAGGGCCUCAAAGCUGCCACCAAGAGGCAGAAGUACGAACGCAUCAGUGAGAAGAAGAUGUCGACGCCCAUCGAGGUCCUCUGCAAAGGCUACCCAUCGGAGUUCGCCACCUACCUGAACUUCUGUCGCUCUCUGCGGUUCGACGACAAACCCGACUACUCCUACCUCCGCCAGCUCUUCAGGAACCUCUUCCACAGACAGGGCUUCUCCUACGACUACGUGUUCGACUGGAACAUGCUCAAAUUUGGUGCCAACAGAGCCGUUGAGGAUGCAGAACGGGAGCGUCGUGACCGUGAGGAGAGGCUGAGGCACAGCAGGAACCCCGGUGCCAGGGGCUUGGCCUCGGCCUCAGGGAGAGCCAGGGCCGCUCAGGAAGUCACAGCCCCCUCCCCACUCAACCCCACCUCACACACAGGUUUGGAGAAGGAGAGGAAAGUGAGCAUGCGUCUUCAUCGCGGAGCACCGGUCAACAUCUCCUCCUCAGACCUGACGGGACGCCAAGAUACAUCCCGCAUGUCCUCACAGGCUCUCUCCAGGGUCACACCCAGCGGCCUCCACUCUGCAGCUCCUCGGUGAAACCCCCCCACCCUCCCAUCCACCUGUGCACCAUGGAGGCCUCAACAUGCACCACCUGCACACACACACACGCUCACACACAGGACUUUCAAUUAACACGGAGGACUACCAACAGAUGCAAGAGUCUGGCUGCGCUCUUGUUCCCUUCAGAGGAGUGUGUGUGUGUGUCUGUGAUAGAGAGAGAGAGAGACGGGCGGGUGGGGUUCACUCUGGUUGCCUUAACAACCUCGGCAAAGUAGCAGCCACAUCCUCCCUCCUUCCUCCCCAUGGACGACACACUCCCCCUUCCUCCUCCUCCUCCUGGAUGUUGAUGAAGCCAUGGAUCCUCUGGCAUCUUUUCUUCUGUUUUUUUUUCAACUCUUGAUUUUACUUAUUUUUGUUCUUCAGCAUUAAACUUCUCGGCUCCGCUGGUCGUUCUUCACAGGAUAUGGAGAGUGACGAGUCUGUUAGCUGUUGGAAAAAAGUGUGUGAGACUUUAUUUUAACAAUGAGAGCAGGAAGACACAUGAUGGCAGUGUUGGCAGACGGUGCCUGAGCUCUUUUUUUGUGUCCUGAAAGAGCGCUCGCAUCUCCUCUUCUUAGGCAUUAUAGGUUUAAAUGUGAAGUUUGCAUAACUGAUAUGUUUUAAAACGGGACAACGGCCUUUUAACGCGCGCUCAUAGAUCAGUUCUUGUGUCUUUUUUUUUUUUUGUCCUGCUCAGGAUGUUGUUGUAAAUCCAAAAAACGCGCAGCACGUUUUCCUUUCAGUCUUCAGGUUGUGACUGCGGUGUGCUGCUUUGGGAAGAAGCUGUAAAUGGAAACAGUGAAAUAUUUUCGGGGGGCUGAUGUGUCCGCACUGAAUGGAUGAGUUGUUAUUUUGAAUCGGUGCAUCGUGACGUGGCUUUGUGUGUGUGUUUGUGUGGUCUGUCGUAGAGCUUAAAGAGGGUGGGGGGUUCAAAACUUUGAGGGGACUUUUUUGUAAUCUUUUCAACUCCAAAAUCUGGCUCCGGACCGUCCGGCUGACGCUUAGGGUCAAGAUGUGUUUUUAUUAACUUUAAGCACACCUGUGUCUGUUUUCUAUCUGGACUUCACUCACGUCUGUCUCUGCAACUAAACCCAUGUCAGUGUUACAUCUGAUCUGUCUGGACUCUUUGAUGCCACCACUGCUGAUUUUAUGGAAAUCAACCUGUGAGGUGCUUAUGGUGACAAUUCCUACAACUCGGUUACUAACAUUAACAUUUUGGGCUUCUUAAAUCAAACAGAGUGACACACAUUUUGUCCUCUUACGUCACAGUUUUUGAGAAACAAGUCCUUGAAAAUGAGACGAUCAGCUCAACAGUGAAUUUGUUGUCCUUUCCUUAAUCUCAGAACUAAUCAGCCAUCGUCUGACUGUGAUUCAAACUUCCAGGUGAUGGUACAUUUUUCCUGGGAAGGAUAUCUGAGCCAAGACUUGUCCUCCGUGCUCUGGUUGUUGUUUACAGACCUGAAACUUCACAGAGCCGAGUCCAGGUUGAGAGGAGACUGGUUUGUCGUCUGCUACUUAAUAUCAGUUUGAUGAGUGUACAAAAAGCUACGUGGGUGUCAGAUGGUGUCCGAUGAGCUCUGGGGUUUAGUUUUAGGCUUACUUUACUCACCACAGGGGCAACAUUUUAUUACAACUGCAACUUGUCUGCAAACUGGAAGUAGGAUACUUGCACCAGAAUACUUGUUUCCGGACUGCAGGCUUAGAUCAGGCUUGGAUCAGGCUAGGAUCAAGCUUGGAUCAGGCUUAAAUCAGGCUCAGAUGAGGUUUAGAUUAGGCUUAGAUCAGGCUACGAUUGGGCUUAGAUCAGGCUCAAAUCAGACUUUGAUCAGGCCUAGAUCAGACUUGGAUCAGGCUUAGAUCAGGCUUAAAUCAGGCUCAGAUCAAGCUUAGAUCCGGCUUGGAUCAGGCUUGGAUCAGGCUUAGAUUAGGCUUAAAUCAGGCUCAGAUCAAGCUUAGAUCCGGCUUGGAUCAGGCUUAGAUGAGGCUUAAAUCAGGCUCUGAUCAGGCUUGGAUCAGGCUUUGAUUAUGCUUAGAUCCGGCUUGGAUCAGGCUUAGAUCACCAUGAUAAUAUCAGCCAAACAAAACAAAUCGGCCUUAUAAAUUAAUAUUUUGCAGCAUAAAUGAAGUACAUCACGGUCAGAUGUAGGGACUUACAAAAAACUGUAACCCUGUGUGGAUCAGCUCCCACAUUUUCAGACUUGGUGCAGACGAGUGAUGUGAGAGUCCGGGUAGACAGUCGGGUUUGCUCUCAGAGGUUUUGGAGUCUUAACGCCUGCGUGUUGUCUUAAUAAAGGAGGUCAAAGCCGCGUAGAAGAGCGCUGAACCCUGCAGAUUUUUAAGUGGAAGAUUCUCUUUGUGGUAGACUGGUUGGAAAGUAUCGUAGGCCAUUUUCUGUAGUUUACGGGGGACGGGUUGUAGUGGUAAUUUGUACAUGUCUGUUCUGUUGUUGUGUAUAGGAUGUGCCUGCUCUGUCGUACAGGAUGACGAUGACAGUGUAAGGAGGGACUGGGAACGCUCACUCCGUUAGUUUGUUUUUUUAAUAUUUUUCACCUGUGGGCUUGAAAAAAGUGAUGGAUUAACUCUGUUCGUGUCACUGAUGACGGCUGUGAUUAAUGCAAGUACACUUUACACGGGAGAUCAGUUUCUUUCAGUCUGUCAUGUCUUAAUCUCCUCAGUUUUUCCUCCUUUCUUCACCUCCUGUCUCCGAUUGUUUUUAAUUGUGCAGUGGAGAUGAUGCUCAUGUCCCACAAUGCAUCUCUCACUGUGGAUUCAUGGGAAAUCUUUCUGUCCUCUCCCUCCCUAAGACUUUUGCUCCUUAUUUGUAAUGCCACUGUAUUUGUGUAUUUUAAAACUGUAAAUAAAUUAAUAAGUACUUGUA